UCUCCUCUCUCAAAGUUUCUUCCUUUCUCCUCCCCUCUCUCUUAUCUUCUAAAUCCCUCAAAGCUUCUUCCUUUCUCCUCGCUCUGUCAAUUAGAUCUGGCAAUUUCUACCAUGUCCCUGCCAAUUUCGCGUUCCUUCUUCAAAGUUUCCAUUGGUCCGAUAUCCAGAUCUCCUCCAAUUCUGAGAUUCCAUGGCUCUGCCGAUUUCGUCGAUCUGCGACUCCCGGCUUUUACCGACUGGAUUUGUGCCGACCACCCGAUGGUAAGGUUUGUACCUCCUUGUUUUAUAUUUUUCCUUACUUAUUUUCAUACUGUUCUUCUAGAUCUGAUCUUUUUUUUAAUAUUAUCACCAGACUACCGGCUCUGCCGAUUUAGCCUAUCGGCCACUCCCGGCUCUGCCGUUUUCGCCUAUCGGCGACUCCUGGCUCUACCGAUUUCGCCGAUCCGGGACUCCGGAUUUUACCGACUAGAUCUGCUCCGACCACCGUAUGAUUUCCCACAUGGAGGAUUGGUCAGCCGUACCUCCAUGGAUGGCAGUAGAGAGAAGCUGCCGAGGGCCCAAACCAUGUCUGUGUUCAUAUAUAAAUGUCGCUAGUGAUAUCAGCGAAGAGCAAAAUCAUCUUUAUUCGCUGGUGCUCUCGCUAAACCCUAGCAGACGAUUUUCCAGCUUAAAAUAUCUUCACUCAAGAAGAUCAUCAGUGCUUCUGGUCGUCAGAAUGAUAUUGCAAAGCCUGUUAAGCAGGGCAAGGUGAAAGAGGAUAGGAAGGGACCGAAGGCUUUGAAGACCAAGUCUGUUAAGAAAUAAGGUGGAAAAUUGGAGGAAGUGGCAGUAGUAUAUGAACAGAAUGGAGUUUAGAACUUGUGAUUGUUGAAUGGUUAUUUCGUUUACAUGCCAUUUGAAAACAAUGUGGUUGGUUAGAACUUGUGGCUGUCACUGUGGCUGUCAUUGGAACCUAAUAUGUUUACUGUCUUGUUUGCUGAGUCUAUGAACAAAUGGAGUUUUAGAACAUGCGAUUGUUGAAUGGUUAUUUGUUGAAUGGUUAUUAGAGGAAGCAGCAAUAGUCUAUGAACAAAAUGGAGUUUUGGAACUUGUGAUUAUCGGAUG